CACACACACACAAACACAUUUAAAGUGAUCAUGAAGGAGGGAGGUGUCUGUUUAAAGCUUGCUACAGUUGCGAACUGAUGUCUCGGACUAUGACAAACAGCAACUCCCCCAUAUUUCAACUCUGACCUCAAGGAUUUGCAGAGAAAUAGUGAGAGAGGGAGAGAGGGAAAGACAGAGAGUAGCAAAAGGAGGUGGGUUAAAAGACUUAUUGUUCCAGUCAGGCAGUGGGGGUUCUUCUAGUUGAGAGACAGUCUUGGUAAGCCUCAGUAAAGCCAUUGGCGAGACAGCCCAGAGCAACACUGUCCGGGGAAUCUAUGCUUAUUUGCAUCUGUACUCUUCUGAAGGAAAUGUGAGGUAGCUGAAGAGAAAAGACAAGAAAAAAAGAAAGAAGAAAUACAAUUUACUCUCUGUGUAGGCACACAGAGAAGCCAGCUGCACGCAUAGAAGUCAGACCAGCGCAUUAAGCAAAGCACCGAAGAAAGAAAAAGGAGAAGAUAAAGAGAAGAAAAAAAGAAGAACAGAGAGAAAAUCAAGCAAGGAGCAAGAUCCAAGAGUCAAGCUGCAGCCAGCCGGAGCCAGUGGAAUGGACCUAGGUGCCAGUUGGAUUAAUCCCCGCGUACCCACAGUGCUGUCUGAGGAGGAGGGCUGAGGAUCUCCUACAACGACAACCAACUCCUGAAUGAGGAUGAAUGGAGAUGUUCUUUAGCUAAGCCUCAAGACAACACUCUUGCCAAUUCCACCUCUGUGUGAGCUGGGACAACACUCGCAAACAGCUGGAGGAGGAGGAGGCGGCGGCGGUGGUGGAGGAGGUGGAGAGGAACCAGGGGCCCCAGAGCACUGCUGGUGCUACUGCCCCAGAGGAGAGACCAGCGAGCGGGCAGGACUUUGAGGAAGAGCAGGGGUCGGAGGAGGGACACGAGGGAGGAGGAGAGGUGGCGGGCAGCGGGCGGCGCAUGGCCGUGCAGAGGCUAGUGGCAGCGGCGGUGGCGGUAGCCCUGCUCUCCCUAGUCCUAAACAAUGUUGCAGCCUUCACCCCCAGCUGGGUCCUGCAGGCUCUUGAGGAUGGACGCAAGCGGAGUGUGGGACUAUGGAGGAUGUGCCCCGCUGGAGGGGAAAGGGGCCGCGACGAUCUCCAGGCUGGGAGAAGGGGCCAAGGGACACAGAGGCAGUGUGAAAGCCUGGGAUGGGGAUCUGAGUAUGCAGGCUACCAAGAAUCCCGCAGCACUGUCAAAUUGCAGUUUGACAUGAUGCGAGCAUGUAACCUGAUGGCGACAGUGGCCCUGACUGCCGGUCAGCUGAUCUUCCUUCUUGGCCUAAUGGAGCUGCCCUUCAUCACACAGGAAUCCCAGUGGUGGGAGGAGGCCAUUGCUGCACUCUUCCAGCUAGCCAGUUUCGUGCUGGUGAUUGGACUUGUGACAUUCUACAGGAUUGGGCCCUACACACACCUGUCCUACUCCUGCUACUUGGACAUAGCUGCUUGCCUGCUGGCCACGAUGGCUGCGGCCAUGCUCAUCUGGAACAUUUUACAUCGCCGUGAUGACUGCCUUGCACCUCGAGUUAUAAUCAUCAGUCGCUCACUGGCGUCACCCUUCCACCCACGUCUGGACAAUGACUAUGUGGAGUCCCCUUGUUGAGCCACUAAGGAGUUAAGACUACACUGACAGGACUGUCAACUAUUCAUGUUUUAUUCCGGCUCAGAUCCUCCAGUGUGACUCCCAAGAGAAGAGGACAUUCCUGUGGCUCUAAAACAGCUGGACUAACAUGUACCUGCUAUUAUAAAACUCUAUAUUUCACAACUUCUCCCACCAUAAACAAAAAUAUCAGAAUUAUUUUGCUGCUUAGUGCACAAAAGUCACAGAUUUAACUAAAAUGUAUGUAUAAAGCAGCCCUAAACUCCCAAACAUAUUAAAUAGUAUAUGAUAUUUCAUGUAUUCAUGCUUGGGUGAGCUAAGUGGUAGCUAAAUAUGGAAUUUGGACUAGGAUUGUCUGAUAUGAAACCUCCUACUUAUGAAAAGAUCAAGCUGGAACUUGACCUAUUUUGUUAUAUGUGCACUUAUUAAAUGGCCUCCUGCAUAAUUAUAAAUUGGACAUUUUGAAAGAGACCAGAAUACCUCAUAUUUGUUUUCAUCCAUUUAAAGUUUAUUACAAUUUUUAAUACAUAUUAAUAUUAAUGAUAUAUGUUGCAAGUAAGUAGGUAAACUAACAAGGUAAAAAGCGGAGGUAUUACUCAACCUCAGCAAACUUUUUGAUUGGGCUUACCCAAAUCAGUGACAAUAUCUAAACAACCAGUGAGACAGUUUGAUCAAAUAAAUGCAUACCUACUGAAAGAUAUGAGGGAAUAUUCUACUAUUCUCUAAUUCAUUUCCACAUGAAUAUUUUUCCAUUGACAAAGGGAAAAUAAAAAAAAAGAUAAAUGCCAAUUAAUGUAUGUGAAUUGAUUUGGAUUAGCAGUAUUUUUUUAAAUUGAUGAUAACAAAUGUUUUGGCCAUGUACUGCAUUUUGAAAUGACACACAUUUAAAUACUUAAGUUCAUUUUUUGUGAUGCUUUCCAUAUGAAACUCUGCUCGCUUGUGGUACAUAAUGUAUACUUAAAUUAAUAUAAUAUAGUUGUAUAAAGAAUAGUGCUAUUAUUAGUAGUAGUGUUAUUGUGACCAUAUCAUACUUCUGCAAAAAAAAAAAAAAAAACUCCAGGCUGUCUGUGGGUCUUCCACACUGCCAAACUCCUAUGUUUUAAAAUAAUAAUAUAUCAUUUAAAUUCAAUAAAUUUAUUGGUUAAUAUUCAAACACA